AUGAUUAGCGAUUGUACUAUGACUCGACAUAUUCAGUAUUUAAGGGAGCAAAGCGCCUCUAGUACUUUCUAUUCAUUGAACGCAGACAACAGCGAGCAGUGUCAUAUUCCUAAGAUAUACACAGAUACGGGAACCACGAUGGCUUAUUCAUUUACUAGAAGGGGAUUUCGAACCAAUGGGUUUUCGUGUUCUUCAGUAGAUAUGGAUUCGCACGAGUCUCAUUAG